AUGUACCCUUCUACAUCUCUUGCUGGUUUGGCCUAUGCCCUACUUCUUUUAACGUCACCGAGUCACACUGAUGCGACAACGAAUUCCCAAAGUUCUGAAGAAUGUACUCACCCGCCUCUCAACAGUUGCAACUUCUACGCGCAAUGCCUCGAGUCUCGAUACCACUGUGGACAAUCAGGCUAUCCGAUUGGGUUCGGCCAGAAAUUCUGUGAAAAGUCUCUCGUCUGGAGACCCAAGAUGAGCGCGUCCGGCCAGGAAUGGAUCACGAAGACCAUGCUCUGCCUGCAAGAGGAACUAGUCCCCUUCACCAACGGUCCAGAGCCGCAGACCUGCAGUGAGCUGAAGCAAUAUGCCCUCCGCACGCAUGCCGAAUGCUACGUGAGAAGCGGUGUCUGCACUCUGCCGAUUGAGGAUUGGGGGAAGAUCCUAGAAAUUGUCGGUCCGGCUUUGAUUUCUGAACCCGAGAACUUCAAAUCGGCGUUUGAGACUGCCGGAGACUGCGUAAAGCUGUAUAUCUGGUUAUUGGGCAAGAUUUUCCACCGCUCUACGUCUUCUCUAGAUGUAAAUGAAUUCCUACAGCCUCCUGGUGGUGCGCGGAUUGGAGAUUGGGAAGGAUGGACCGGUUCCCGGCAACCAGUAGACCUGACUUAUAUUUGA